AUGGAACGAUUUGAUAAGCUAUUCUCUCUUUACCACUCCUUUCCCCUUGAGAAUAACCCUCAUAUCUAUCCGUAUUAUCUACCGCUUUCCACUCUUAGCAAUGCACCUUUUCCUCCUUUCUACACCAUCCGAGGUCCCCAGGUCCGCCUUCAUACUCGUAAAUUCGAUGCCAACGACCCCGCCGGCCUCUACAGCGUCGACGAAUACUUCGACUUCCACGACACUCCUCCCCACAAGAGGAGACGCUUAUUGGACAAAUGCAGGGAAAGCAAAGCUUCACAGUGGCUCCGGUGGAUGCGGACCAACGUCCUUAAGCCUCCGAAGAAAAUUCGGGUGGUUGCUUCAUCCUCAGUCCCUCCUCCUCCUCCGCCUCCAUGGAUUGAACUGCCUAGGGAUGUAACGGCCCAUAUUCUGCAGAGGCUGGGGGCGGAGGAGGUGUUGAGAAGUGCGCAGGCAGUGUGUACUACCUGGUGGAAGGUUUCCAAGGAUCCCUUCUUGUGGCGAGUCAUCGAUUUUUCCAACCCUAGGCAGGGGGUUUUCAACGAUGAGUACAAUGCUAUGUGCCGCUGUGCAGUGGAUCGUAGUCAAGGUCAAUUGGUCGACAUCACCAUCCAGUACUUCGGGGACGAUGCACUCAUGGACUACAUCGCCAAUCGAUCACCAAGUCUUAAACGACUUAAACUUGGAACUUGCUUUUUUAUAUCAGGAUAUUGUGCAACUACAAUGGCGGUAAAACUUAGACAGUUGGAAGAGAUACACCUUACUAUUAGACCAUGGAUUGGUUCUAACCACAUUCAAGCUAUUGGUAAUUCUUGCCCAUUGUUGAAAUCAUUCUCAUGCAAUGGGUUUAAGUGCAAGUUUCCAAAAUAUGUGCAUAUUGCUCAUAAUGAACGAUUUCGGCAUGCGUAUGCUCUCGCAAUAAGCAAAAGCAUGCCUAAUCUGCGCCAUCUUCAAGUUUUUGAUCAUUGGAUGGGAAAUAAAGGACUUGAGCUAAUCCUUAAUGGUUGUCCACGCCUCGAAUCACUUGAUAUUCGACGAUGUUUUCAUCUCGAUCUUCAAGGGGAUUUGGGGAAAAGAUGUCGUGAGCAAAUAAAAUAUCUUAAACUCCCUAAUGAUUCAGUCAGUGAUAUACCGUGGCCUAAUUGUGAUGGUGGCGAUCCAUUUGAUACUUCUGCCUUCAGCUUCGAGCAUUUCGUAUAUGACUAUUCUACACGCUACUGUUAUAGGCGUAGAUUGUAA